AUGGCGUCGCUUCUGUUUCCCUCCUCUCUCUUAUCUCUUCAAUCUCCCUUUUCUUCUCCUUCCUCACAAGUCCAAUGUCUGAAAAGAGGAGUUUUCGCUUCAAUUUCCCCGUCUGUCUCUUCAUCUUCUUCCUCGGUUCCAUCGUCUUCUACCUCCAAUUUGAUUCCGCAGGUGGUCGUUACCCGAGAACGAGGCAAGAACAAACAAAUUAUCAAAGCCUUGGAGAAACAUGGGAUAUCAUCUUUAGAGCUUCCUCUGAUCCAACAUUCUCGUGGACCUGAUUUCGAUCGGCUUUCUUCUGUAUUAACUGAUAAGUGCUUUGACUGGAUCAUUAUAACAUCUCCAGAAGCAGCUUCUGUCUUUCUCGAGGCCUGGAAGGUAGCUAGCUCCCCAGAAGUGAAAGUAGGUGUUGUGGGAGGUGGAACAGCCCGCGUGUUUGAAGAGGCAAUGCAAUCGGCAGCGGGAUUGCUUCAUGUUGCCUUUACACCAUCAAAAGCAACUGGUAAACUCUUGGCUUCAGAGCUUCCAGAGAAUGUUGGCAGAAGAUCCUCUGUCUUGUACCCAGCUUCUCAAAAAGCAAGUAAUGAGAUUGAGGAAGGAUUGUCCAGACGAGGGUUUGAAGUUCUGAGGCUCAAUACAUACACAACAGUUCCUGUGCAGAGUGUUGAUGCGAUGCUCCUGCAACAGGCAUUGUCUGCGCCUGUUCUCUCUGUAGCUUCACCUUCUGCGGUCCGGGCCUGGUUGAGUCUGAUUCAAAAUUCAGAGCAAUGGAGUAACUAUGUUGCGUGUAUAGGAGAGACAACUGCUUCAGCUGCAAGACGACAAGGGUUGAAAAACGUGUACCAUCCUGAUCAACCUGGACUUGAAGGGUGGGUCGAGAGCAUCAGGGAAGCUCUAGCCGCUCACGAAGGAUUACACAGAUUCAAGUAA